GGAUCACUCUGAUUGAACAUUGCCUUAUAGAAGCAGGAUUUUCAGGUAGCAUCAAAGUAGAGCAGAUAGAAAGUAAAGAUAUUGAAAAGGUACUAGCCGCUUUACAAAAAGCUGAAGACUGCAUGGAAGAAACCGAGAACUUUAAUGCCAAGGGCUACAUCAUCCAAAAAAGGGAGAAAAAACCAAGUCUGGAACCAAACAAGUCUCCUGAAGAAAUCCUCACGUAUGAGGAAUUUCACCCUUUCUUGUUUUCACAACAUUCAAAAUGUCCCUACGUGGAAUUUGAAUCUUUCAACAAGGCAGUGGAUGAAUUUUACUCUAAGCUGGAAAGUCAGAAGAUAGACUUAAAGGCAUUGCAACAGGAAAAACAAGCACUGAAGAAGCUGGAAAAUGUGCGGAAGGACCACGAAUACAGAUUAGAAGCUCUUCAUCAAGCUCAGGAAAUUGACAAGGUGAAAGGUGAGCUUGUGGAAAUGAACCUGGAGAUAGUCGAUCGAGCCAUUCAGGUGGUCCGCAGUGCCUUAGCCAACCAGAUUGAUUGGACAGAGAUUGGAGUCAUUGUCAAAGAAGCCCAGGCCCAAGGAGACCCAGUAGCAAGUGCCAUCAAAGAACUGAAGCUGCAGACAAACCAUAUCACAAUGCUCCUAAAAAACCCGUAUGUGAUCUCAGAAGAGGAGGAGGACGAGGAUGACGAGGAGGAAAAACCUAAAAUAGAAGAAUCAAAGGGAAAGAAAAAGAAGAAGAAAGUCAAACAACUCCAGAAGCCUCUGAAGAAUCAGCCUAUGCUGGUGGAUGUGGAUCUCAGCUUGUCAGCUUACGCAAAUGCCAAAAAAUAUUACGAUCACAAGAGACACGCAGCCAGAAAAACCCAGAAAACGGUGGAAGCAGCAGAAAAGGCUUUCAAAUCAGCAGAAAAGAAGACCAAGCAAACACUGAAAGAGGUCCAAACAGUUACUACCAUUCAGAAGGCUAGAAAGGUUUACUGGUUUGAGAAAUUCCUGUGGUUCAUUAGCUCUGAAAAUUACCUUAUUAUAGCUGGAAGAGACCAACAACAAAAUGAAAUGAUUGUCAAGCGAUACUUAAAGUCAGGGGACCUUUACGUCCAUGCUGAUCUCCAUGGAGCAACCAGUUGUGUCAUUAAGAAUCCAUCAGGAGAUCGUAUCCCUCCACGGACACUCACUGAGGCAGGCACAAUGGCCCUGUGUUACAGCGCAGCCUGGGAUGCUCGGGUCAUCACUAGUGCCUGGUGGGUCUACCAUAAUCAGGUGUCUAAAACUGCUCCCACUGGAGAAUAUCUGACAACCGGAAGCUUCAUGAUCAGAGGAAAAAAGAAUUUUCUUCCCCCUUCUUAUCUUAUGAUGGGCUUCAGUUUCUUAUUUAAGGUGGAUGAAUCCUGUGUUUGGAGACACCGGGGUGAGCGGAAAAUCAAAGUGCAAGAUGAAGACAUGGAGACUGUGACCAGUGCCACCAGUGAGCUGGCAGCAGAAGAAACAGAGCCCUUGGAUGCACCAGAGGGAGAUGAAACUAGCAGUGAUGAGGAUGCUCAUAAAGAGGAGAGCCAAGAGAAACCAGAGAAUGAAGAACAUUUUGCUGAGAUACAUAAUGAAGAGUGUGUUGGGAAUGGGGCAGGAGAUGCCUUGGUCAUGGAAGAAUCAUCUGAGGAAGAGAAUGAAGUUUUGGAGGAAGAGGAAGAUGAGGAACCGACAAGUAAUGCUUCAGAUAUACUUUUUCCAGACACAUCCAUUGAUCUUUCACAUCUUCAGUCCCAAAGAUCGCAGCUGAAAUUUGCUUUGAAAGAUAACAUCUCAAGUUUGGGUGACAGCAAGUCUCAGGGGCGGAGACAUCUCUCAGCCAAGGAGAGGAGAGAGAUGAAGAAAAAGAAGCCGCCAAGUGACCAGGAUGAUUCUGAUCUUCCAAAAGGGAAGGAUGAAGAUAAUUCUCCUCAGCUCCAGCUUUAUCCCAAUGAUUGUAAAAGUGCUGGCACGCAGCAGCCCGUGAAGAGGAGACAAAAGAACAAGCUGAAAAAAAUCAAGGAGAAAUACAAGGAUCAGGAUGACGAGGACCGGGAGCUGAUCAUGAAGCUGCUGGGAUCUGCAGGGUCAAACAAGGAAGAGAAACCCAAGAAAACCAAAAAAGGAAAAACAAAUCAAGAAUCUGCCAAGAAACAGUCCCAGAGACAGAGGAGGGACCAGAAGCCUGGCCAGGGGGCCAGGAUAGAAGAAUUAAUCCCUGAGUUAGAGGGUGCUUCUUUGGAAGAACAUUUGGAUGACAAGGAGGAGCAGGACCAAGAUCAAAACAUAAACGAGGAAGGGACGGCUCUGUUUGAUUCUCUGACGGGGCAGCCUCACCAGGAAGACAUCCUCCUCUUUGCUGUUCCAGUCUGUGCACCUUACACUGCCAUGGGCGGUUACAAGUGA